GGAACAUUGGAACUCAGAAGUGUAGAGGUGACCAAACUGGCAAAAACUAGGUGUGAGUUCAGAAAAGGAGUAAUUAAUAAUGUCUAUGGAAUCAUCAAACACCAGCUCAAAUAUGGCUUCCAAYCAAAAUGAAACCACUGGAGAGAGAUCUGGUACUGCUUUAUACAGCAUCUCCUUGACAACCCAAGCUAUAAUGACGUCAGCGUAUAUUAUAUCMUUCAUACUGGGGUUGCUUGGCAACGGCGUUGGUAUUUUUAUUGUGUUCAGACGUUCAAGACGGAGAUUCUGCAGUACUAACGUCCUGAUUGGUAACAUGGUUAUUGCAGACCUUCUAGUGACGUUGUUUGCUAUGCCACUUGCAGUAGAGUAUUUGUACAUACAGAAUAAAUGGUUUGGUGGUCUGGUGGGAGAAAUGGCUUGUAAACUGAUUCAUUUUCCAAAYUUYGUGACUAUUUCUGCUUCUGUUCUUACCAUCUUAACUAUUUCCAUCGAGCGGUAUUGUGCUGUAUUUUAUCAUUUAAGGAAUUCCUUCCUAAGAAAAACCAAGUAUUUGACAGCCAUCAUCUGGUGCACAUCUAUCGUUCUCGCAUGCCCUUACUUAUUUUCCUACACCUUGGCGCAAGACGCUGCUGGUCAAUACUUUUGUGUUGUUGAAUGGGGAGACAUCAAGCAAACGUACGCAUCCCAACGAAUAUACUAUUCCUUCGUGUUUGUCUUCUUAUACGCCAUACCGCUGGCUUUAAUGAGCGUCCUGUAUACCCGUAUUGCAAUUAAAUUAUGGAAGAAAACUGCUACCCGAGGUGAAUCAUUCAUUAUAAGGAAAUCUGCUACUAAGGCAAAGCGCAAGGUUGUUAAACUGCUCUUGGGACUGGUUGUUUUCUUUGCCUUGUGCUCAGCACCAGCACAUAUCAUGCAUUAUUACAUGUUUUACGAGCUAAARGCUUGGUUACAAAUGCCACUUGCCAUCAAACUACUGUCGUUUUGGAUUUACAACACUAAUAGCGCCGUUAAUCCGAUUGUUUAUAUUGUUUUAAGUGAAAGAUUUCGACGCGAGUUCUUUAGACUUGCCCAUGGYAACUGGUGUGAGAGACGGACUAUUCGUUUUUCCAUAUCAAAGACCAAAAGGCCACAUCGUAUGAAACCAACAGUGACUACUAGAGUGUGGUUACAGGCCAAAAAGAAAAACAGAUAGUGACAGAACAACGAAUAAACUGAACUAGAAUAAACAGAAAUAGACAGAACUUUCUUGGACAUAAAAGGGAGCACAGGCUACACAGCAAACACACCGGUAUUGAAGCCG